AGCUGCGGAGGCUGUUUUUGUUAGAAUCACACACUGCGCAGAACUGCUUAGCAUAGAGCCGUGAUCUCGACCACGAAAUGUGAACUUAUAUUUUGGAGAAACUAACGGACACGGACUCCUUUCCUAGGCUGAGUGUUGAACCAUGUCUUGUCUCGGCGUUUCAGCUCCUCCUCGUUUAGGUGGUGCAAUGACAAAGCUUACUUUCUUCUUCAAUCAGUGAAUUUGAAGUAAUCUUUUAUCAUUUCAUCUCCUUUAGCCUCACAUGGAAUGUAUCUCUCUCUCUGUUGUUAAACUACGAUGACAUGUCUGUAGCUAUUAGAAAGAGAAGCUGGGAAGAACAUGUGACCCAAUGGAUGGGACAGCCUUUUAAUUCUGAUGAUUGUAACGCAGCAUGUCAUCAUGGACUAGUAGCUGACAGCUUGCAGGCAAGUAUGGAAAAAGAUGCAACUGUAAAUGUGGACCGCAAAGAGAGGUGUGUUUCACUACCAGACUGCUGUCAUGGCUCAGAGCUGAGAGAUACUCCUGGGAGGCCAAUGGGUCACAUUUCAAAGGAGGUGGAUGACGAUGGUGGCCAUGAAGGCACAGAUCAGUUUCUUUCUCUUGAGGCCAGCACGGAAACGCUUGUGCAUGUUUCUGAUGAGGAUACCGAUUCUGAUCCAUAUCUUACAGAUGAUAAACAGAUUUUAACUACUCAAGGGCCUAAAACACCAGACCAACAUAGCGUCAAAGGAGCAGGCUCCUUAGUAAAGACACUGCCCAUCAAGGAAAGUAACCAAGAUUCUUAUGACUCCUGGGGAAUGGCUGGUGGAGCUGAUUUAGUGCUGGUUGAGGAGAAGGGGGACAGAAAAGUUGUUGACAUGGUGAGUAAAAGCCUGGAGCUUUGUAAGGAUAUAAGCUUAAGUGAAAUAAAAGAUGCAUCCAAAAUGAAUGCAUGCGACUCUUUGAAUGUGAAAGAUAUUGUGCCGGAAAAGCAACUGCUUAAUUCUGCUGUAAUUGCUCAGCAUCGAAGGAAACCCGACUUCCCUAAAGAUGAACAUGAAAGAAACACCUGCAGUGCAGUACAAGAUGAGUUCUUGGCUAUUCCUUGCACGGACAGAGGGCUGCCAUUAUUAAAAACAGAUUCUGGAAGCUGCCUUCUGCAGCCUCCUUCAUGCUCUAGUGGAAUGUCAGCUGAAAAUGGCCUGGAGAAGAGUGGUUUCUCAGAACACCAAAACAAAAGUCUUCCAAAGGUCAACUCAGGAGAUGGCAUGCAGUGUUUACACUUAAAGGAGACUCUGGCCACCCAGGAACCCACAGAUAACCAAGUCAGACUUCGUAAAAGAAAGGAAAUAAGGGAAGAUCGGGACAGGGCGCGGCUAGACUCAAUGGUGUUGCUGAUCAUGAAACUGGACCAGCUCGAUCAGGACAUUGAGAACGCUCUCAGCACCAGCUCCUCUCCGUCCAGCACACCAACCAACCUGCGGCGGCAAGUCCCUGAUCUGGAAUCAGGAUCUGAGAGUGGAGCAGAUACCGCUUCAGUAAAUCAGACACAAAUAAAUUUGUCUUCUAACACCGAGUCCGCUGACCUACCACCUUUCACACCAGUGGCCAGUUCUGGAACCAAACCCAAGUCUACGGCUGUUCCAGGUACUUCAGAGAAGGAAAAGGCUGAAAUCGAAGCCAAAGAAGCUUGUGAUUGGCUACGGGCAGCAGGAUUCCCCCAGUAUGCCCAGCUGUAUGAAGAUCUCCUGUUCCCCAUUGAUAUUUCCUUGGUCAAGAGAGAGCAUGAUUUUUUGGACAGAGAUGCUAUUGAGGCUUUAUGCAGGCGUCUGAAUACUUUAAACAAAUGCGCGGUGAUGAAGCUGGAAAUUAGUCCUCAUCGGAAGAGAAGUGAGGAUUCGGAUGAGGAUGAGCCUUGUGCAAUAAGUGCCAAAUGGACUUUCCAGAGGGACAGCAAGAGGUGGUCCAGGCUUGAAGAGUUUGAUGUCUUUUCUCCAAAGCAGGACCCCAUCCCUGGGUCCCCAGACGAUCCCCACCUGAAGAACGCCCCGAGCCAUGAAAGCAUGCUGACGGACCUCAGUGAGCGCCAGGAGGUGGCUUCUGUCCGCAGCCUCAGCAGCACCAGCAGCCUCGCCACCCACCCACCCCACCGCGGGGAUGCGGCGACGGCCCGGACUAACUCUGUCAUCAGUGUCUGCUCCUCUGGCACCUUCGUAGGCAACGAUGACUCUUUCUGCAGCCUGCCCUCUCCCAAGGAACUGUCCAGUUUCAGCUUCAGCAUGAAAGGCCAUGAGAAGAACGCCAAGUCCAAGACGCACAGUCUGCUGAAACGCAUGGAGAGCUUAAAGCUCAAGGGCUCCCACCACAGCAAGCACAAGGCGCCCUCCAAGCUGGGGCUGAUCAUCAGCGGGCCCAUCCUGCAGGAGGGGGUGGAUGAGGAGAAACUCAAGCAGCUGAACUGCGUGGAGAUCUCUGCCCUCAAUGGCAACCACAUCAACAUCCCCAUGGUACGAAAGAGGAGCGUCUCCAACUCCACACAGACCAGCAGCAGCAGCAGCCAGUCUGAGACCAGCAGCAACGUAAGCACACCCAGUCCCGUCACCAGGACCCGGAGCCUCAGUGCCUGCAACAAGCGGGGAGGCAUGUACUUAGAGGGCUUCGAUCCCUUCAAUCAGUCCACGUUCAACAACGUUAUGGAACAGAACUUUAAGAACUGCGAGAGCUACCCGGAGGACACGGUGUUCUACAUCCCAGAAGAUCACAAGCCUGGCACUUUCCCCAAAGCCCUCUCCAAUGGCAAUUUCUCUCCCUCAGGAAAUAACAGCUCUGUGAACUGGAGGACUGGAAGCUUCCACGGCCCGGGCCAUAUCAGCCUGAGGAGGGAAAACAGCAGUGACAGCCCCAAGGAACUUAAGAGACGCAAUUCCUCAAGCUCCAUGACCAGCCGCCUGAGUAUCUAUGACAACGUGCCCGGCUCCAUCCUCUACUCCAGUUCAGGCGACCUGGCCGACCUGGAGAACGAGGACAUCUUCCCCGAGCUGGACGACAUCCUCUACCACGUGAAGGGGAUGCAGAGGAUAGUCAACCAGUGGUCGGAGAAGUUUUCAGACGAGGGAGAUUCCGACUCGGCCCUGGACUCGGUCUCUCCAUGCCCAUCCUCUCCCAAGCAGAUACAUCUGGACGUGGACAAUGACCGAGCCACCCCCAGUGACUUGGACAGCACAGGCAACUCAUUGAACGAACCCGAGGAGCCCUCAGAUAUCCCGGAAAGGAGGGAUUCUGGGGUUGGAGCCUCCCUGACAAGGUCCAACAGGCACAGGCUGAGAUGGAACAGUUUCCAGAGCUCUCAUAGGCCGAGCUUAAACUCUGUAUCACUGCAGAUUAACUGCCAGUCUGUGGCCCAGAUGAACCUGCUGCAGAAAUACUCCCUCCUGAAGUUAACCGCCCUGCUGGAGAAAUACACACCUUCUAAUAAGCAUGGUUUUAGCUGGGCUGUGCCCAAGUUCAUGAAAAGGAUCAAGGUUCCAGACUACAAGGACCGGAAUGUAUUCGGGGUCCCUCUGACAGUCAACGUGCAGCGCACAGGACAGCCCCUCCCCCAGAGCAUUCAGCAGGCCAUGCGCUACCUCCGCAACCAUUGUUUGGAUCAGGUUGGACUCUUCCGAAAAUCGGGUGUCAAAUCCCGGAUUCAGGCCCUGCGCCAGAUGAAUGAAAGCGCCAUAGAUUGUGUCAACUAUGAGGGACAGUCUGCUUAUGAUGUGGCAGACAUGUUGAAGCAGUAUUUUCGAGAUCUUCCUGAACCACUGAUGACAAACAAACUCUCGGAAACCUUUCUGCAGAUCUACCAAUAUGUGCCCAAGGACCAGCGCCUCCAGGCCAUCAAGGCCGCCAUCAUGCUCCUGCCCGACGAGAACCGGGAGGUCCUUCAGACGCUGCUCUACUUCCUGAGUGACGUCACAGCAGCUGUCAAGGAGAACCAGAUGACUCCCACCAACCUGGCUGUGUGCCUGGCGCCUUCCCUCUUCCACCUCAACACACUCAAGCGAGAGAAUUCCUCCCCAAGGGUAAUGCAAAGAAAACAAAGUUUGGGCAAACCAGAUCAGAAAGAUUUGAAUGAAAAUCUCGCUGCCACUCAAGGGCUAGCCCAUAUGAUUGCUGAGUGCAAGAAGCUUUUCCAGGUUCCUGAGGAAAUGAGCCGAUGUCGAAAUUCCUACACCGAACAGGAGCUGAAGCCCCUCACCCUAGAAGCGUUAGGGCGCCUUUGUAGUGAUGAGUCAGCCAACUACCAGCACUUCCUCCAGGACUGUGUGGACAGCCUGUUUAAGGAGGUCAAAGAGAAGUUCAAAGGCUGGGUCAGCUACUCCACGUCUGAGCAGGCUGAGCUGUCCUAUAAGAAGGUGAGUGAAGGACCACCUCUAAGGCUUUGGAGGGCAACCAUAGAAGUCCCUGCAAAGCCUGAGGAAAUCUUAAAGCGACUACUUAAGGAGCAGCACCUCUGGGAUGUAGACUUGUUGGAUUCAAAAGUGAUUGAGAUCCUGGACAGCCAAACUGAAAUUUACCAGUAUGUACAAAACAGCAUGGCACCCCAUCCUGCUCGGGAUUACGUUCUUUUAAGAACAUGGAGGACUAACUUACCCAAGGGAGCGUGUGCCCUUUUACUGACGUCCGUGGAUCACGACCGGGCCCCUGUGGUGGGGGUGAGGGUCAAUGUGCUCCUGGCCAGGUAUCUGAUCGAACCCUGCGGGUCAGGGAAAUCCAAACUCACCUACAUGUGCAGAGCUGACUUAAGGGGCCACAUGCCAGAGUGGUACACGAAAUCUUUCGGACAUUUGUGUGCAGCUGAAGUUGUAAAGAUCCGGGACUCCUUCAGUAACCAGAACACUGAAACCAAAGACACCAAAUCUAGUGUGUGGAGGGACUGGUGUAUCCACUGGAAUAGUUGGUCCUCUUCGACAUGUUUUCUCACUGAGAAGAGCAAAGAAAGGUUUGCACAGAGGAGUGUGUGUAUGUGCGUGUGUUGCUGGUUGAGUGGCGUAGACGUGCAAGUUGGGCUGCAGUGUCCGGCACACCAAGACGCCUCCCAGAAGGAUUUUGAUGCACCAGGUUCAGUUUAACCUGGAAUAUCUGACCACCCAUGGAAUCAUCCACAGAGGGAACCGCAUUUAUUUUGGGGUGUUGGACAACCCACUCUUGUCUGUUUGGAGUUUUUGUUUUUUGUGUUUUUUUACUGAGUUAGUAAACAUAUUCCUUCUCCACCAAGCUCUUCUUUACCUUAAAAGGGAUUGGAAUAAAUUUUCUCGGGUAGCUCAUUUCAAACGCAGUUUGUCUCUCGACCUGAUUGCAUAUAGCAAAAUCGGUUUUUAUCCAGUGCAGGUGAAAUUCAGGGAUGGAAAUUCCUCCCUUGCUAGCUCCAAGGCACAGCUUUGGUUUUUGGUGUUUAAGAUGAGAUGUGAAAACUCAGCACUCUAACACCUACCCCUGAGUCAGGUAUCAACACUUUUUACGUGUCCACAAAUUGCGUGCGUUCUAGUGUUAGGAGAAACUUUUUAAGGCACUAUAUAUGGGAACACAGGAAACUCUGUUCUGAGGAAAUCCUUAUGAAUUUAACCUAACCGUAGAGGUUGCUUGUUGUGUUAGGGUUAUUAACAGCAUUUUUGAAAGCUGCAUAUGUUUAUAAAUUGUAUUUGUCCCUAUCAGCAGAUGCAGUUUUGUUUUGUUUUUUUAAUUUUGUUUUUCCUACAUUUCUUUUUCUUCUUCUUUAUGAAGCCCUUGGGAUAUAUUUUAGUAGUAAUCACAGUAAAAAACCAAACAAACAAAAUACACUAAUGCAGGGUUUUGGAAGGGUGGUCUUUAUACAGGUUUUACUGUAAUGGUAAAGGUUGGCUCAAAAGACAGUAUUAGUGAAUUUAUUUUAUAUGGAUCAAAAGUGAAUAAUGUAUGAAUGAGAGUUGUAAGAAGGAAUUUUAUUUUGUUAUAAUCUAGUUACCAUUGUCAGUGUUAUUUCAAAGGUUCUUUGAAGAAUUAGGGAGCUGGGGACAGAUCAGAGUUUAAUUUGAGUAUUUUGGAUAUUAGUGUGCCUCGUGAAGAUACACUUGUAUAUUCAAUUUUAAUGGCUUUCAGAUUUGUAAGAUUGUAUGUUGUAUAUACCAUUCUAUUAAGAAACAUGUACACCUACCUGUCCACUGUGCUUUCCAACAUAGAUAAAGCAUGAUAAAGAUUAUUAUUUAAAAUAUACUUGUAUUUAUACCUCAGAUAUUAUUUUGGAUUUUGUACCUCAAGGCUUUUUUGGUUUGUUUUUUGGUUUUUUUUUUGUUUCUUUUUUUUUUUGCUAAUGUAAAUACACUUUACAUGAAUACAGUCUAAGUGAAAAAAAGUAAAUAAAAGAAGAGGUUUAUAACUUGCUCUAUAUCUGUACAGAAUAUACUCAAUAAGUGCACUAUUAAAUGUUUAAAGUAAGGGAAAUGUCUGGCCUGCUUUCCGUAGUAUCACAUCUCACUCCCACCCUCAAAACCACAGAUGACAAGGCGUACCAUCCUGGCAUCAGCUAAAAUGAAAAUACAGAUUUGCUGCAGGAAAAAUCAGACUGCAAAUCAUUCCAAGGCCAAACUGCAACUGAGCCACUCACUAACAAACAGGAAACCCUGGUGAAGGUUCAGGAAGCACAGAGAUGCUCUCCAAACAAAGGUCAUGAGGAAACGAUGCUGAGAAAGUUACAAGGAUAAGCAGUAGCAGCCGAAAGAUGCUCAUAAGCAAAGCCAAGGUCACCGAUUCGUUUCACAAAAGGUCUCUUGCCCACUGUUUGGCUUUCCUGUUGAAAGGAUUCCUUACAUAUUUGACCAGAGGAGAAUGUGAAGGAUGUGAACAUUUUCAAGAACUGUGCUUUAAGCCACCUAAAGUGAUGUUGCCACAACUUACUAAUCGUGACUAAUUGUCUAGGUUGUAAGCUCUCUGAGAGCAGGGCUCUUCUACACGUCUUUAUAAUCCCCUACAGCAGCUUUCAGUGUUUUGUACUUGUAGGCACCUAAUAAAUUUAUUAUU